AGCUUGGCAGUGAAGUGGAAGUGGUGCCAGUCUUGUGUGCCGUUCGACUAAAACUCCUCCAGGAAACUGCGUGGAGCGCUUGGGAAAGCAAGGAAACCGCGGCAUGAAUGCAAUUACCUAUGGUGAUGUGCAUGUUGACUUCACUCGGGAAGAAUGGACUUUGCUGGAACCUUCCCAGAAGAAUCUCUACAAAGAUGUGAUGCUAGAGACCUACAGGAACCUCCUUAUUAUUGGAUACAGUUGGGAAGACCAUACUAUUGAACAACAUUGUCAUCUUUCUACAUGGCAUGAAAGGAAGGAAACAAGUAAAACUGGAGAAAAACCGUCUUUAUCUACUCAGUGUCUUAAAGCCCUUCCAUAUGACAAUCAUCUUCAAAGGCAUGAAAGAACAAAUUCUAGAGAGAAACCCUAUGAAUGUAAUCAGUGUGGUAAAGCCUUUGUACGUCACAGUCAUCUUCAAAUGCAUAAAAGAACACAUACUGGAGACAAAGUAUAUGGAUGUAAUGUAUGUGAUAAAGCCUUUUCAUGUAUCAGUGAUCUUCAAAGGCAUAUAAUAAGACAUACUGGAGAGAAACGCUAUGAAUGUAAUCUGUGUGGUAAAGCCUUUGCAUAUCACAGUCAUCUUCAAAGGCAUAAAAGAUCCCAUACUGGAGAGAAACCCUAUGAAUGUAAUCAGUGUGGUAAAGCCUUUCCAUUCCAAUGUAAUCUCCGAAUACACGAAAGAAUGCAUACUGGAGAAAAACCCUAUGAAUGUAAUCAGUGUGGUAAAGCCUUUAUAUAUGACAGUGUUUUUAAAAGGCAUAAAAGAACCCAUACCGGAGAGAAACCCUAUGAAUGUACUCAGUGUGGUAAAGCCUUUGCAUGUAUCAGUGAUCUUCAACAGCAUAAAAUAAGACAUACUGGAGAGAAACCCUAUGAAUGUAAUCAGUGUGGUAAAGCCUUUGUAUGUAUGGUUGAUCUUCAAAGGCAUAUAAGAACACAUACUGGAGAGAAACCCUAUGAAUGUAAUCAGUGUGGUAAAGCCUUUGCAUAUCACAGUUAUCUUCACAUGCAUAAAAGAACACAUACUGGAGAGAAACCUUAUGAAUGUAAUCAGUGUGGUAAAGCCUUUGCGUAUCACAGUUAUCUUCACAUGCAUAAAAGAACACAUACUGGAGAGAAACCUUAUGAAUGUAGUCAGUGUGGUAAAGCCUUUGCAUGGCACAGUGGGCUCAAAAUACAUGAAAGAACGCAUACUGGAGAGAAACCUUAUGAAUGUAGUCAGUGUGGUAAAGCUUUUGCAUGUCACCGUGCGAUCAAAAUACAUCUAAGGACACAUACUGGAGAAAAGCCAUAUGAAUGUAAUCAGUGUGGUAAAGUCUUUGCACGUCACAGUAAUCUUUACAUUCAUAAAAGAACACAUACUGGCGAGAAAUCCUAUAAAUGAAAUCAGUGUGGUAAAGUCUUUGCUCAAAGUUAUCUUCACAUUCAUAAAAGAACAUAUCCUGGAGAGAAACCCUAUGAAUGUAGUCAGUGUGGUAAAAUUUUUGUUUGUCAAAAUAGUCUCUGAACACAUGAAAGAAACCAUACUGGAGUGAAACCCUAUGAAUAUAGUCAAUGUGGUAAAGCCUUUUGCCCAUGACAGUACUCUUCAACAGCAUAAAAGGACACACACUGGAGAGAAAUACUAUGAAUUUUAUAAGUGUGGUAAAGGCUUAGCAUAUCACAGUCAUCUUCAAGACAUUAAAGAAUAAAAACCCUACGAAUGUAUAUGUUAAAACUUUUGCUCAUUGUGGAAGCCUGAAAAUGUGAGCCUUUUUCCAAGUUGAACAAAGGUCAGAGAGCUGGGACUUUCCUCUAGUUUCUUCAUGAUUAUUGUGCUUUUACCUCAAACAAAUGCUCCACCUAGAUAUAGUUCCAGGAGUUUGCUCUCUCAAGGUUAUUUUCAACAGGUGUCUCUAAUUGUCAGACCUUCUACUCCAGGAAUAGGAAAGUAGAUCCAUUCCUGCCUCAAACAAAAGUCUAAAGAUUCAAAUUAGUUCCAGUUCCCACUAUGUAGAUAACUUUGGUUUCCAUGGAGGGAGUGGUUUGCCUACAGAAUGUUUUGGUCUGAGGUGUAAGUGUGACUUGUUUUGUUCUAGAAACAAUUUUUAACUAUGGAUGUAGACUGCAAAUUUCAAUUGUAUGUUCAUUUCCCUGUAUCAUGUUAAUGCAGUCUUUUGUCUUACUCCUAACUUUGGGGUCAAGAUUAUUUUAAGCAUUUGGAAAUUAAAUGCAUGUGGAUUUUCAGGACUCACUGGUAUUCCCUCCCAAUACUAUUCUAUGUGUUUCUCCAUUUUAUUCUUUUCAUUUGCAUUUUCAUAUUCUCUAAUAUAUAUCUAGUACCCAUGCCAUUACCCUGAAGAGAGGGUUUUGUUGUUGUUAUUGUUGUUGAGGAUGGUCCCAGAUAGCUCAUCACAGUCAACUUCAAAAGAUAAAUGAAAAUACACUGGAAAGAAAGUAUAUAAAUUCAAUUAGUAUGAUAAAGCUUUUGCAUGUAUCACUAGUCUUCAGUGUCAUGAGAUAAAAUACUACAGAUAAACCCUGUAAAUGUAGUCAGUAUGCUAAAGUUUUACACUUUAUAAAGGAGUGAAACUUUUUGUAUGUAAUUAAUCCGUUAAAGCACUGCAUAUUACAAUAGUCUUUGACUAUCUGAAAAAGAUACUGAGGUCUUCUUAUUAUAAAUUACCUGUUAAAAUUUUUAUCCAGCACACAUAUAAUCAGUUACAAAAGAGUAUUAAUUCUGUAGAAAAAGUCUGACAGUGUCAAAAAGGAUUCAAAUAUUAUGAUAUCCUUUUUUAUAUUGUAUGUACCCGCAUACUCAUGGAACAAAUGAACAUAUGAAGCCCUAUGUGUAGAGUAAAAGGGCGAGACAAAGAAACACACCCUGAAACUGAAUCCAGAACCAGUGAAAAACACAAAAUUUGACUACCCUAAGCCUGGGCCCAAUGAGACACACCCUGACACCUAAACCAGAGCCAGUGAAGGAAACACCCUGACCCUGAAAUCAAACCCAAAAUGUGAACAGGGGCCAUUGGAAAAAAUACACGUUGACCCUGAAACCAGAUCCAAAGUAACACUCUGCCCUUGACCAGUAACUGAUCACAAAUCAACUAAUCCCUGAGUUUGAAGCCAACCAAUUCCAGAGCCCCAAAUCCAGUAAGUCUCAACUUUUAAAACUCAGGGAUUGAAAUCUGAUGACUUCCCACCCUGAAAACUUUCUACCUAAAAAAUCUCUGUUCGUAUAUAAGCCCUGUGCCCAAUCAAUUGGCAAAAUCUCUUUUCUACUUUGGCAGAGGCAGCCAGUCUUUUAGAUUAACCACCUUUAAAUAAAUCUUUUGAAUGAGUAUUGGGUUAAGACCUUUCCCUUGAGCAAUGAUAAACUCCCUAGUUGUUCGGAGUAGAGAAUCAGUGGACAGCUCUGCUGGUAAACUCCCUUAAAGGAAUGAAACAGUACCAUUUUGCAGCAGUUUCCCCCUUAAGUGAAGAAGUAGCCAGGUGGUAGUGGCAUAUGCCUUUAAUCCCAGCACUCAGGAAACAGGCAGGCAGAUCUCUGUGAGUUAAAGGGCCAGCCUGGUCUACAAAAGCUUGUUCCAGGACAGGCUCCAAAAAUUACAGAGAAACACUGUCUCAAAAAACCAACGGGAAAAACAAAAGAACUAAAACCAAACAAACAAAACAAGUGAAGCAUAGAAAUAACAAUUUGGUUUGGAACUGAGAUGAAAUAGGCAUCUUUACUAGGAAACUCUCUAGUGGAACAAAACAGAGAAGCAAUGGACAAUUCUGCUGGGAACCUCCCGUAGAGGAGUAGAUCAGAGCAGCAAUGAAUAUCUCUGCUGGGAAACUCUCUUAGCAGAUUGAAACCAGGCCCAGCUGUAAAGACUCUCUUUUGGUGAGAAGAGGAAUUGCUACAUCCUGUGGAGGGAGCAUUCCCCACUGGAACAAAUUCAGAUAUAGCCUGACACUGAGGAAACUUUCCCCUCACAUCUGUAGGUCUCUAGGAUACGUUCUCUUCACAGCUAUAGGCAUAGCCUGACUUCUGAUAGUACAGUAGGUAUCUUUUUCUUCAGCAUCCUAUGUAACCAGGAUACCUUCCCUCCACAACUUCAUUUAUAUCUGGAAUUUCAUCAUUCCGGGUGUCUUUCUCUUCACAGCUGCAUGUACCCAGGAUUUCUUCAUUCCAACAUUCAGUGUACUUUUCUCUUUAGAGCUGUAGCUAUCCUUCCUUCUAUAGCUUCAUGUAUAGCCUGACAGUCAGCACACCUUUCUACUCAAAGCUGUAUGUAUCCAGCAUACUUCCCUUCACAGCUGUAGGUAUGUCUUGACUUCUGAUAGUAAAGAUACCAUUUUCUUCAGAAACCUAGGUAUUCAGGAUAACUUCCAUCAAUAGCUUUAGUUUCAGCCUGACUUACCACAGUGGUCAGUAUCCUGAAUAUCUUCUCUUUAUAGCUUUAGAUAUUGACUGACUUCGAACAGUCAGUACCUUUCAGUAUACAGGAUGUCUUCCCUCUAUAUCUUUAGAUAUAACCUGAUUUUUCAAUAGUCAAAGUACCUUUCCUCUCACAGCUGUAGAUGCCUUCUGUUCACAACUGUAGAUAUAACCUGACUCCCGACAGUCAAGGAAUCAUUCCCCCAGAGCUCUAACACUUAAAGUAUGAGUUUAAACAAUCAUGUAACCCUUUUAGAUUUUAUACUUCUCUUCAAUUCCAUGAAAUAACUAAUUCAGGUAAAAAAAAUGUAUGUAUUUGUUAGUUCCUUUUCUGUUUUUGUGAUAUAAUGUUUAGGCCCAUUUAUAAAAGAGUUUCAUUUGGCCCUUGGUUUCAGAGGGAUACAGGAUCACCAUGAAAGAGACAUGGAAAAAGUUGACAGACAUGACUGCUAAAGCAGGAAUCUAAUAUUCACAUUGUUAGUCUGAAGCAUUGAGCAGAGGGCAUGAACUGGAAAUGGUGUAUUGAUAUAAAUUUUCAAAUCUUUUUCUUAGUGACAUAUUUUCUUCAGAGCAGCACCAUUUCCUGAAACUUCACAAAUAUUACUAGCAACUUAGAAUUCAUUACUCUGACUUCAAGUGUACAUGCAUGCUUGUUGCGGGAGCUCCUUCUGCUCCUUCAGCCAAUAGCCGCUGAGAUUCUAGCCCAUUGGGGCGUGGUCUCUCUCCCUUUAAAAAAGUGGCCACUUCUCUCCGCUCUCUCUCUGGCUUCUGGCAACUAGGCUCCUUUCCUGAUUGUGCAGAGGCUGUUGUCUGGGACGGUGAUCUGUAAGUUUUUUUCCCCUUUAAAUAAAUAACCAUUCUAUUAAUCAUAAUUCCAAACUGGUGUGGGAUUGUUUGUGACUUACGCCUUCACAUGCUUUCUGUUAUACAAACCAAUUCUUAGUGAAGCAAUACUCUAUAAGUAACCUGUUAGGUGCCUCAAUGCCUGUGCCACAGGAAUGAAUGUUUACAAGAGAAGAACUUUCAUGAGUGAAAAUCUAUUGUCGAAAGAGUUGCUGUAAUUGUAAUUAUAUGUUGUGUGUGUGUAACAGUUUCUGUAAUUGUAAGCAUGUGCUAUGUGUGUGUGUUUAGAUACAUGAAUGUUCAUGCCGGCUUCUGAGAACAUUAGAACCUAGGAUCUUUUGUAGCAGGAAUUACA